AUGUUGGGUGUGAUCUUUGCCGUGAUGUUGACGGUGAUGGUGACUGCGAUGGCGGCCGACGUUAGCUAUUACGAUUUUGGCCGCCGUGCGAUAUUGCCUGCAAUAUGCUCUGUGACUACGACUGUGACGUUGACUGUGAUCUAUGCUGCGAUCCUGACUCAGAUGCUGGUUGAUGCUGGCCAAGAUAACUUUGCCUGCCGUGUGUUAUUGGCUGCGACAUUGGCCACGAUGCUCAUUGUGGCCUUCGUUGCGAUGUUGGCGGUGACGCUGCCUGAAGUUGAUCAUGAUUUUCUUGCUCGCGAUCCGGUGUUGCCCACGAUGUUGUGUUUGAUAUCCAGCAUGAUGUUCACUAUGAUGGUGACGCUGAUGACGCUGAUGAUGAUAUUUGACUUGUUUCGACUCUCAGAGCUUGAGUCCUCGACCUCUAAACUAGUCAGCCACUGCAAUCCCCGAGCAAUUAACGAGCAUAGACGUGGUUUUGUGAGGAGAUGGCUGUCUUAA